AUGGCUUUAGAGAACCAAACUGCUGUUCAAGAAUUUUUACUCGUGGCUUUCCAGAACAUCGAUAAACUCAAGUUUUUACUUUUCUUUUCUGUGUUUACGGUUUACCUGUUGGCGUUAUUUGGAAAUAUUCUGAUAAUCAUCCUUGUAUCUACUGAUCCCAAGCUGCACUCUCCUAUGUACUUCUUUCUUUGUCACUUGUCCACAUCUGAGAUCUUGUUCAUCACAAGCAUUGUGCCAAACAUGUUAUAUGUCAUUAUAAGUAAAGUUGGAACCAUUUCAUUUGGCAGUUGUGUAACACAGUAUUAUUUAUUUUCAUCCACUACAAGCGUAGAGUGUCUCCUUCUUGCCGUGAUGUCAUAUGACCGAUACCUGGCCAUUUGUGUGCCAUUGCAUUACUCAGCAAUCAUGAACAAAAGACUUUGCUUAUACCUCGUUGCCUUGUGUUGGGUAACUGGGUUUGGGUUAUCUCUUAUUGCUUUGGCUUUCAUGUCACACAUGGACUUUUGUGGUUCAGGUAUCAUUGACCACUUCUUCUGUGACCUCGCCCCCAUUCUGAAUCUCUCUUGCUCUGAUACCUCUUUUUUGGAGAUGGAGGACUUUGUUCUUUGCUUUGUAUUUCUUAUCUUUCCUUUUGUCAUCAUUAUUGUAACCUACAUCAGGAUCAUAUUAACCAUCCUUAGGAUUAAAUCUACCACAGGGAAAAAUAAGGCAUUCUCCACGUGCAGCUCCCACCUCACUGUAGUUUGCACAUAUUACGGGACUCUAAUUGUGAUUUAUAUGAUGCCAUCAACAGAAUAUUCAUCUAUAGGUAAUAAAACUUCAGCUAUAUUAUACACAGUAGUUACUCCAAUGCUCAACCCAAUAAUAUACAGUCUCAGGAACAAUGAUAUCAGAAUCUCAUUGAGAAACAUUAGCAAAAGAUUACAGCUGUGA